UUGGAGCAGCCGCGUGCGGCGAGUUUUGCAUCACGUUGCAAAUUGUGAUUUCAUGCUAAACGCAGCGCAAACUUAGAAUUAAAAUCGGCGGUCUUGGAAGAUUGUGUGAUAUCCGACAUGAGCGACAACGUGGUGGCCGACGUAGAAAAUCUGACUUUGACGGAGGAUAAGACGAAGACGAUGAAGGCAAACAAGAAGAAAAAUGCGGUGGUGGAGAAGACUAUAACUGAGCUUAAUCCUUGGCCCUCAUACAUUCAAGAUCGUAUCAUAUUAUGGGACAAGUUGAAGAAGGAAUAUGAGGAAGCCUUAGCCGCAAAAACCCCUGUUGAUAUAACUGUGACUCUUUCGGAUGGCAAGGAAGUGCCUGCUCAAUCCUGGCGUACAACUCCUUAUGAAAUCGCAAGGAACAUCAGUCAAGGAUUGGCGGACAAUACUGUAAUUGCAAAGGUCAACAAUGAAUUAUGGGAUCUUGACAGACCUUUGGAAUACGAUUGCAAGCUGCAGUUGUUGAAAUUUGAUGAUAUGGAGGGUCGACAAGUGUUUUGGCAUUCCAGCGCCCACAUUCUCGGGGAGGCCAUGGAAAGAGUAUACGGUGGCUGUCUCUGUUAUGGUCCUCCCAUCGAAAAUGGUUUUUACUAUGACAUGUAUCUGGGAGAGAAGGGUAUUUCUAACACAGACUUUCCGUAUUUGGAAAAUAUAUACAAGAGUAUAGCCAAAGAGAAGCAGCCGUUUGAACGACUGGAGAUGACGAAGGAGGAUCUCUUGGAGAUGUUCAAGUACAACGAAUUCAAAGUACGGAUUAUCAACGAGAAGAUACAUACGCGCACUACUACGGUUUACAGAUGCGGCCCGUUGAUUGAUCUGUGCAGGGGACCGCAUGUUAGGCACACGGGCAAGAUCAAGGCCCUCAAGGUCACGAAAAAUUCGUCCACGUACUGGGAGGGAAACGCUAACGCGGAGUCGUUGCAGCGAGUUUACGGAAUAAUUCCCGAUGGUAAGCAGUUGAAGGAAUGGGAAAAGUUUCAGGAAGAGGCGGCCAAACGGGAUCACAGGAAGAUCGGGAAGGAGCAGGAGCUGUUCUUCUUCCAUGAGCUAUCGCCCGGUUCCUGUUUCUUCCAACCACGCGGCGCGUACAUCUACAAUACAUUGGUCGAAUUUAUUCGUUCCGAGUACAGGAAGAGAGGAUUCCAAGAAGUAGUCACUCCGAACAUUUACAACAGUAAAUUGUGGCAGACCUCCGGACACUGGCAGCACUACGCCGAGAACAUGUUCUCCUUCGACGUGGAGAAGGAGACCUUCGCGUUGAAGCCUAUGAAUUGUCCAGGUCAUUGCAUGAUAUUCGACGUGCGGUGCAGAUCUUGGCGCGAGCUGCCGCUCAGGAUGGCGGACUUCGGGGUGCUGCAUCGUAAUGAACUGUCAGGCGCUUUGACGGGUCUCACCAGAGUGAGGCGUUUCCAGCAGGACGACGCGCACAUAUUCUGCUCCAUCGAUCAAAUCAAGGACGAGAUGAUUGCCGCUCGAUUUUUACAGCACGUUUACUCUGUCUUUGGUUUUACAUUCAAUUUAUGCCUGUCCACGCGACCCGAGAAGUAUUUGGGCGAUAUAGAGGUCUGGAAUCAUGCCGAGAAAGCGUUGGAGGAGAGCUUGAACUCAUUUGGUCAACCGUGGAGCCUUAAUCCUCAAGAUGGUGCAUUCUAUGGACCUAAAAUCGACAUAACUAUUAUGGACGCACUUAAAAGGGCCCACCAGACCGCUACGAUACAAUUAGAUUUCCAGUUGCCCAUUAGAUUCAAUCUAUCUUACGUCAAUGAAGCGGGAGAGAAAACACGACCAGUUAUCAUACACAGAGCUAUCCUAGGCUCUGUAGAACGUAUGAUUGCGAUCCUAACUGAAUCAUAUGGAGGAAAAUGGCCAUACUGGCUUUCUCCCCGACAAGCAAUGGUUGUGCCAGUAGUAUCACAAUUCGAUGACUACGCUUAUGAAGUGAGACAGAAACUCUGGGACGCUGGCGUCAUGGUUGAAGUCGACACAGAUUCGAGUGAUACUUUGAACAAGAAGAUCCGCAAUGCUCAGCUUGCACAAUUUAACUUUAUACUUGUUGUAGGAGAGAAGGAACGUAAUGCUGGCACAGUGAACAUAAGAACGAGAGACAAUGUUGUGCAUGGUGAAAUGGCAGUAGAGGAAUUGAUUGCAAAAUUGAAAAUUAUGAAGGAAACGAGAGAUCUAAGUGGUGAAUUAAAAUCUUAAUCUAAUAAUAUCUCUCGUGUUAAGGAUUUAUUUAUUUCUAAAUAUUAUACGAUAUCUCAAUAAGCCAAUAGUGAACUUAAUAAUGAGCAACUCUUUAUAGUAAA